GGCGAUCCUAGAUGCAUAACUCGCUAGCCUAACGGUGAUGUUUCUGGAUUAUCCGUUUAACAUAGCUGGCGAACUGGCUUUUGGUGGUACAGAAAAGUUCUCUUACUUUUCAUCAAUAUAGCUUUUAUUAAAAUACGAUGUCGUAUGAAUUAUUUCAGACGCAAACAAUGUCGAUAAUGACACUGUUAACCGAAACGGCACAUACUGAAAUCUCCAAGCUGGUUAGUUGUCAGUCUGUAGUACUCAACUCUGAAAGUUACGAUCUUGAUAGAGGUCCAGUGUCUGAGCACAAGUUGACACAACUUACUGCCAUCAUGGAACUCCUUGCAAAGGAGGCGGUGAGGAAAAUCUGCCGCAUAUUUAAGUUCUGCUGUUCAGUGAAGCAUUACAAGUCAGUGGAGUUGAAGACUGGUUCUGAAGAAGAUCAGAGUGUGCUGUUGGUACAAGACCCAGUCAGAGUCGCUAGUCACUCAGAAGAUGCCCCAGCAGGCAGGACUGGAACCCCUGUGCUGAAAGAGCUGGUGGAUCUCGCAUUGGAAGCAGCUCCUCCACAGCAGUGUGACAUCCAAGACGACCAGUGUCCUGGCAGCCAGGAGGUCAACUCUCUCACAACUGUUGCUUCUUUGGAGGGGAAAGGAGAUGGAAACCAAGUCCAGACCAGCUUGGUAACAGAAGACACAUGCGCUACAACUCAUGAUGAGAAUACAGUAAAUGUACCAGCUGAGCAAACCAGCACCCAGUCAAAACCACCAACGGAAAUGGCAUCAUUUAAAUGUAAUGAUUGUGAGAGGACUUUUACAAAGAUGCAUUACUUAGCACAGCACAAGCAAAGACACUCAAAAACAGCCCCUCAUACCUGUGACAAAUGCGGAAAAAAAUUUAGAUUCCUCAGAGCCCUGAACAAGCACCUCUCGUCCCACGACAAGAAAAAGAGGGAGGCGCAUCCCUGCAGAACAUGUGGGAAGAGCUUUGUGGACCUGGAGACGCACGAGCUCAUCCACCUGAAAGUGAAGCCGCACGUCUGUGGCGUGUGCGGGAAGGGGUUCACGCUGGAGUGCACUCUGCAGGCGCACAUGCGGCUGCACACGGGCGAGAAGCCGUACAAGUGCGAGACGUGCGGCAGACGCUUCACGCAAUCGAGCACGCUCAACAUCCACCGGCGGGUGCACUCAGACGAGAAGCCAUGGAAGUGCGCCCUGUGCGAGAAGCGGUUCAAGGGCCGGCCCAACCUGCAGAAGCACCAGAUCGUUCACACCGGGGAGAAGCCACACGUCUGUGAGACCUGCGGCCAGAGGUUCGGCCACAGGACCAACCUAAAGAGGCACAUGCUCAAUCACCUCGGAGUGAAGCCUUAUGUAUGCCAGGUCUGUGGCAAGAGCUACAGCCAGAUGGCCUCUCUGAAGGAACACAUGCCCAUGCAUGGGACGGCAAAACCCUUCAUGUGUGAGGUGUGUGGGAAGACCUUUGUGUACAACUAUGCCCUGAGGAACCACAUGCUGACGCACGUCGGGGUCAGAGAGACGCCUGGAGCCGAGAAAAACCCUCAGCGCUGCGACAUCUGCGGCAAGUGCUACAGCUCGACGUACGCCCUGAAGACUCACCAGAGGCUUCACUCUGAGCGCGACCCCUUUGGCUGCAAGGUGUGUGGGAAGAUCUUCAACAGCACAUCUGGCCUUUACGCUCACGAGCAGCGCCAUUCGGGCCUGACCGCGUACCGGUGCGACGUGUGCGAGAAGACCUUCGUGAACAAAGCUUACCUCAAAGUGCACGCUUUCCUGCACACCAAGGAGAAAGUGCACAAAUGCCUGCUGUGCGGGAAAGGCUUCAGCCUGCCCAACGGGCUCAAGCUGCACAUGCUCAUUCACACAGGCGAGAAACCGCACAAGUGUGAAACAUGCGCCAUGGCCUUUCGCACGGUGGGCAACCUGCGACGGCACAAGCGUGUGCACACUGGGGAGAAGCCGUUCAGCUGCGAAGUUUGCGGGAAGUGCUUCAGCCAGCCCAACAACGUGAAGGCACACAUGCAGAUCCACACUGGAAUUAAACCGUACAGCUGUCAGAAAUGCGGGAAGAAGUACGCUUAUCUUAGGAACUACAACGAUCACAAAUGUGUGCCUCCCACUCGACAAAUGUCGCUUGUAGAGUCUCAGGUGUUCUCCAUUUUGGAGAUACUUGUUCAGGCCACAAUACAAAAUAUUUCCACAGUUAUGGAGGAAUCACUGUUAUCGAAGUUUAAAGCAAACGAUCUGGCAGCAUCGGUGGCGUUUAAGGAUCAGCUGAAAUGUGUCCUAGAAAAGCAGGUAAAGGAAGCAGUAGAGAAGAUUUGCAGGCUCUUCAGUGAAACCUCUACACGUUUACACCUGCAGUUGACUGAAACUCAGGCUGCACAGGAUAACCUGAAGAGGAAAUGGAAGAAAGUGGUGAAAAGGAAGAAAGCUCUACCAGCAGGGAAAGGAGGAAUUAAUCAAAUUCCCACUGCUCUUCCAAGCCAUAGCAUGACUGAUACUCAUCCACCCACCAAAGUUCCUGAGGAGAGAAUUUCUUCUGUCUCUCAAGGCUGGACAGAAGAGGGGAGCAUGGUUACUCAGACAUCUGGGUCUCUGGCUUCUUCAGCCACAGCAAUACAGCAGUUUCCUAAAAUGGACACAAAAGAAGAGAGGUCAGAACAGUGCUCGGGGAAUGCUGGCAACGAUCCAAAGCCCAAGAUUAACGAUGAAGAUGAAAAUAUCUGUGGUGAGAAACGGGCUGAUGUUCCAUCUAAAAUGGUUUGGAAGGAAAGAAAAGAAAAUGCAACUUUAAGUAAUAAAAGACGGUCAGAGGGCAGAAAGACACGGGAGAGCUACUGGAACAGAAAAUUCAGCUGUAAGAACUGCAAAAGGACCUUCGGCAAGCUGAUCCACCUUAAAGCACACCAGGCUCUCCAUGGAGCUGUGGAGAACCCAUUUAAAUGUUCGCAGUAUGGCAAGCGCUUCAUGAAAAAUCACAGAUUAGCUAAUGAUCAGAAAUUUCACACUGGACCUUAUAUCUGCUGUCAGUGUGGCGAGGCAUUUGUUCAUCAGCUGCUGUUGCGCAGUCAUGAAAGGCUCCGUCAUAGGAAAACACGAUUCGACUGUAAACCUUGCGGAAGGCGUUACUGCCAAGCUCGCUCUCUGCGAAGACGUUUGGCGACAAGCUCGGUGGAGAAGCAGCACAGCUGUGACAUGUGUGGGAAGAGCUUUGCCUGCCUUUCCAAUCUGUCCCGCCACCAGCUCAUCCACACGGGGGAGAAACCCUUCACCUGCCUGACAUGUGGGAGAAGCUUCAACCAGCUGACCACGCUGAAGUCGCAUGAACGCAUCCACACAGGCGAGAGGCCGUUCAUCUGUGACUCGUGCGGUAAAGGCUUCAGCCAGGCCAACGGGCUGAGGUUGCAUGGCGGCUGGCGCGGGGGUCAGCGUGGCUUCAGCUGCAUCGCGUGCGGGCUGGUGGUGCCGUGUGCCGAUGCUAUUAGGGCCCAUCACCGGACCCAUGUGGGCGACAUGUCCGUCUCGUGCCGCGUCUGCGGUGAGGGCGUCGGCUCCCUCAGCAGCCUGCAAGCGCACCAGAGUCGCCAUGGUGACGGCAGCGACAGCAGGACUCACGGCUGCCGCGUCUGCGGGAAGUCCUUCCGAAGCGCUGGCAGUCUGAAAAUUCACGUGAGGACUCACACCGGGGAGAGGCCCUACAGCUGCCCGGUGUGCAGUAGGAAGUUCACGCAGCAAAACAGCCUCAAGUCUCACCAGCUGUCCCAUACUGGGGAGAGGCCUUUUGGUUGUGAGGUGUGUGGCAAGGCCUUCUCCUCUGCGGGCAAUCUUCGCAGACAUGAGCGUGUGCACACUGGGCAGAAGCCUCACUGCUGCACUAUUUGCCAGCGCAGUUUUACACAGCUUAACACACUCAAAGCUCACAUGUAUGUUCACACAGGAGAGAAACAAUACACUUGUGACAAGUGUGGGAGGAGCUUUGGUUAUCAGAGAAACCUGAAAAGCCAUAAAUGUGCAUAUAACCAGUAAAUUAAGGAAAGUAUGGUUAAGAGAUAUUGCCUUAUCUUGCUCACUGUGGGCGAUACAUGCAUCACUCUUUAAACUGAGUGUAAUAAUUUUCUUUCUGCAAGUUCAGUCUUUCAUGUCUUUUUUAAACUACAUCUUUUGAGUUACUUGAGAUGAUGUAUUUUACUUGUCUAUCACAAGUUCAAACAGUGUGUGAAACUGAAGUUCAUUUAAAUGUGCCUUUAAAGAUGGAGAGAUGGUGUGGCUGACCUUGCAGAGUUUUGUGGAAAAAAAUGUAGAGUGCAAGAAAGUGCUCAUACGGUGUAGUAAAAAGGUUAUGAAUGCACAGCGCAUGUCAGGAAUCUUCAGUCGUGAUGUUGCAUAUGCACAUUCUCCCUUUAAAUAUUGGUUGUAGCUUAAAAAAAGACUCAUGUCCUUUUGUUGAAUAUGAGGGAUAGUAUGAGUGAGUGUAUGAAAUGUUGAAGAAGAAAAAAAUCCUUUUUGUUGAACAGCUCAAGAAAGUAAAUGCUUUUGUAAAACUAAUUGAGUGUUAUCUAAGUGUUUUCUAAGAGUAUGAACACAGUGGAGUUGUUCAUUCCAACUAAAACAAAUUAUAAUAUGUAUUAAUGGCAUUUUUUAAAACUGGCAGUUUGCCCAAAUACCAUUGAUGGAGUACUUUGAAAAAAGUUUGUGUGUGUGUGUUCAUGUUCAUGCUUGCGUGCAGGCAUGUCUGUAUCAGGUAUGUGCGUAGUUAUGACCUGAUCUGAGAGGAAGAUGUAACCACUGAUUAUGCACACCAGUCUCCAACUUCCUGCAGUAAAUGUAUUGGUAGUAGCUGAAAAUAUGCAUAAAAAUAAUUUUCAAAUUAAAGGUUUU